UUGUGUAUGGGGGGAGCACUUCAACGGCAUCUAAUUCCUUUCGUUCUUUGCAAAACCAGAAGAAUCAAAGCAAACUAUUUUGCUCGCACAUUAUCUUCCAUUUCCACCAAAAGCUCUUCAAAAUCAUCCCUUUCGUCCCCCUUCUCACUCCUCAGCCAUGGCCGCUGCUGUUCCAAGCUUCCUCCCCCUCUCCCUCGACUCCUCCCUCCGCCCAAUGCUCAUCUCCUCCUCGUCCGUCUUAAUUAACCGUUCCCGCUCCCCUUCCCUCUCCUUCUCCUCCACCCGCUCUGCAGCAGGCGCUAUUGAAGCCUCCUCCCCCGGCCGCGUUGUCUUCCUAGACGACCUCGGCCUCUACCGCCUCCAAACAAUUGACAAGUACAAAAGAGAAGGUCCCCUCGGUGGCGGCUGGCUCGAGAUACGCCCCAUGGAGGACGGGGAGAUUGAUCCCAUCAUCCAGCUCCUUUCAGAAUCCUUCAUCGAGUCCAUGGGCAUGCCGCCGCGGUACGUCCCGCUUUUGACCUUCAUCGUGCGCCAGUACGUAAUGGGCCGCAGGCUUCUGUUACCCCACGCCGUGAUGCUUGUAGGAUUCUAUAGGGAUGAUGGGAAGGAGCCGGAGCUUGCGUGCACAGCAGAGAUUUCGUUUGAUACUUUCGGCGCCAAUGUCGCCCCGCCAACGCCGUUGCCGCCAAAGGACUGCCCGUAUAUUUGUAACAUGGCAGUCAAGAAGGACCUCCGGAGGCGUGGAAUUGGCUUUCAGCUCCUAAUGGCUUGUGAGGAGCUCAUAUCUAAAAUGAAGACAAAACAUAAAGUAUACCUACAUUGCAGAGUAAUUGAUACAGGACCAUUGAAGUUGUACAAGAAAGCUGAAUACAAAAUAGUCAAAACUGAUAGCAGAUUAGUUUGGCUGACCCUUCAGCGACGGAAGCAUUUGCUGGAAAAAGAAGUACAUAUUGAGCAAGAUGAAGCUAUUGCAGUCCUUGACAAUAAUGUAAACCAACAACUCUGGUAAUCUGGCCACCACAGGUCCAAUUGUAAUUUAUUUAAUUCUGUUAUUAUGUAUGAUAGUUUGUACUAAAUGAAGUUUUUAUACGAACCUGUCUAUUGUAAAUUAACAAGGAUCAAUUUGUACAAAACAGAAGUAUGAAAUUUCUAUUUUAUUAGCUUCAGCUUCUUAGUCA